UGGCGUUAUCCUAUAUACAUUGUAUUAAUUGGGAAUUUGUCUCUUUUGUUUCCAGAAGUGGAAAGACGAAGAUUAUUCCAGGUGUUUGGAAAUUCCAUCCGUAGAACAAUGACUUUUGUUAGGAUCAGCCUCUUUCUCCUUGCCGCGUCUUUAUGGAGCAGCGAUGGGAGCAAGGCACAGGAAUUUGAGAACAGCGAAGGUACGGAGCAGGAAUUUAUUUACAUGAACAGGGAGAAACGAGCGGCGGAAACGCAGGACAAAUGCACCUACACUUUCAUCGUGCCCCAGCAGAAAGUCACCGGGGCCAUCUGCGUCAACUCCAAGGAGCCCGAAACGGUUUUCGAAAGCCGGCUGCACAAGCAAGAGAUAGAGGUUCUCAACAGCGAGCUUCUCAAGCAGAAGCGCCAGAUCGAGGCCUUGCAGCAGCUGGUGGAGGUGGACGGCGGCAUCGUCAACGAGGUCAAACUCUUACGCAAAGAGAGCCGCAACAUGAACUCCAGGGUGACGCAGCUCUACAUGCAGCUCCUCCACGAAAUUAUCAGGAAGAGGGACAACGCUCUGGAGCUCUCUCAGCUAGAGAACAAGGUUCUAAACCAAACGGCCGAAAUGUUGCAGCUCACUAACAAGUACAAGGACCUAGAACACAAAUAUCAACAUUUAGCCUCCUUGGCGAGUAACCAGUCAAUAGUUAUCACACAGCUGGAAGAACAGUGUCGGAAGCUGCCCCAGACCAAGCCGAUCCCUCAACCUCCACCCCAACAACCACCCAACAAGGUAUUCCAGCCCCCAAACUACAACCGCAUCAACAACCAGAUAUCAACCAAUGAGAUUCAAGGAGAUCAGAAUUUAAAGGUCCUUCCGCCUCCCCUCCCCACCAUGCCAACAGUCACCAGCAUCCCGACAUCAACAGACAAGCCGUCCGGUCCAUGGAAAGAUUGUCUGCAGGCCAUGGAGGACGGGCACGACACGAGCACCAUUUACCUAGUAAAGCCCGAGAACACAAACAGACUGAUGCAGGUGUGGUGUGACCAGAGGCACGACCCCGGCGGCUGGACCGUCAUCCAGAGACGCCUGGACGGGUCUGUUAACUUCUUCAGGAACUGGGAGACUUAUAAACAAGGCUUCGGCAACAUCGACGGAGAGUACUGGCUGGGUCUCGAGAACAUCUACUGGUUGACCAACCAGGCCAACUACAAGCUGCUCGUCACCAUGGAGGACUGGUCGGGGCGCAAAGUAUUUGCAGAGUACGCCAGCUUCCGACUGGAGCCGGAGAGCGAGUACUACAAGCUGAGGCUGGGCCGGUACAACGGCAACGCCGGAGACUCCUUCACCUGGCACAACGGCAAGCAGUUCACCACACUGGACAGGGACCACGACGUCUACUCAGGUAACUGCGCUCAUUACCAGAAGGGGGGAUGGUGGUACAACGCGUGCGCCCACUCCAACCUCAACGGCGUCUGGUACCGAGGAGGACACUACAGGAGCCGCUAUCAAGACGGCGUCUACUGGGCGGAAUUCCGAGGCGGCUCGUACUCUUUAAAGAAGGUGGUUAUGAUGAUCAGGCCCAAUCCGAACACUUUUCACUGAAAAUAAACUCAGCCCGUCACGCGAAAAGGAAAGACCCUUUCAGUGCUGGUAUUAUUGUACGACCGGUACUGGAAGGGCUUGAGGACCGUGUCUUCUACUAGAGCUGCACAGACUCGUCCGUGAACGCCAUACACUUUCUGACAUUUCCGCGAAGGCGCGUCCAUCGCGCUUCAUCCGACAAACCGGGAUCGCCGAAUAUAUCUCUCUACUACAAACCAUUCAUUAAAUCAAAACCAGUUUACAGAACCACUGGCCACUGGUGGAGGGGGGGUAACUAUCGACAAUGCCCCGCUAGGUCUAUGGUCAACGUACUAUAAAGUAGAAUGUACAAUAGAAUGUAGCGUUACUCUUUGGGUUAGAACGACACAGGAGAAAACAUCCAAUGACAGCUUAGAACUGAAAUGCGGAAACUCGUAUAAAUGUAAAUUUUUCAGAUUU